AUGGACCCGUACAAGUACCUCAACAUCCGCUUCAACCCGGACGGCUCGCUCACCCGCAACGGCCAGGCGAAGCUCCUCCCGGCGGCGCCCUCGGGGGAGCCCGUCGCGGUCACCACCGCGGACGGCGGCCCCGCGCGCCGCAUUGUCCACUCCAACGACGUCCCGCUCGAUGACGCCAAGGGCACGAGCGUGCGCCUCUUCGUGCCGGGCCUGGCCACGGCGCCCCGCGGCGGCAGGCUGCCGCUGAUCGUCUACUUCCACGGGGGCGGCUACGUGCUCUUCCGCGCGGCCUCCGAGCCGUUCCACAACAACGCCGCGGUCCUGGCCGCCUCCGUGCCCGCCGCCGUCGCCUCCGUCGACUACCGCCUCGCGCCCGAGCACCGCCUCCCCGCCGCCUUCGACGACGCCGCCGACGCCGUCCGCUGGGUGCGGUCGUACGCCGCCGGCUCGCCGGGCAGGCCCAUCUUCAUAAUGGGCUGCCACAACGGGGCCAGCAUCGCGUUCCGCGCGGCGCUGGCGGCGGUGGACGAGGGCGUGCAGCUGCGGGGGCUGAUACUCAACCAGGCGCACCACGGCGGCGUGGAGAGGACGGCGGCGGAGGCGGCGUCGGUGGACGACCGCGUCCUACCGCUGCCGGCGAACGACCUGCUCUGGGAGCUCGCGCUGCCGCUGGGCGCCGACCGGGACCACGAGUACUGCAACCCGGAGGCCAUGCUGGCCGGCGUCGGGGCGGAGCGGCUGCGGAGGCUGCCGCCGUGCCUGGUGCUCGGCCGCAAGAAGGACCCGCCGAGGGACCGGCAGAGGGUGCUGGUGCAUGCGCUGCGGAAGGCCGGGGUGGCCGUCGAGGCGCAGAUGGACGGCGCAGGGUACCACGCGAUGGAGCUGUUCAAGACUAACUGCGCCGAGGAGUUCAACGCGCAGGUGACGGACUUCGUCCGCCGGCACGCCGGCGACGGCGACGGCGACGGCGUCGACGUGUACGCUGCGAGGAGCAGGCUGUGA